AUGGGAAUAAUUGGAGAGAAAGCACAGACAAACUUCGUCAUCUCCACCGGCGACAAUUUCUACGAUGAUGGCUUGACAGGGCCGGAUGAUCCAGCCUUCAAUGAGUCAUUUUCCAACAUAUACACUGCCCCAAGCUUACAGAUACCUUGGUACCUUGUGUUGGGCAACCAUGACUAUAGGGGUGAUGCUUUAGCACAACUAAAAAUUGACCGUAGAUGGUUUUGCUCCAGGCCAUUGUUCAUUAUAUAUUCAGCAAUCGCAGAGUUUUUCUUCGUGGACACAACCCCAUUUGUGGAUGACUACUUUACAAAUCCAAAGGAGCAUGUCUAUGACUGGAGAGGUGUGCUUCCUCGAGAGGAUUACCUUUCAAAACUCCUGAAGGAUCUGGAUGUAACACUGAAAAAUUCCCGUGCAAAAUGGAAAAUUGUGGUCGGUCACCAUACAAUUAGAAGUGCAGGACAUCAUGGUAACACCACUGAUCUUGUAACACGCCUUCUCCCAGUCCUUAAGGCAAACAAAAUAGAUUUUUAUAUAAACGGGCAUGACCAUUGCUUGCAGCACAUCAGUGAUCCUGACAGUAAAAUUGAGUUUUUUACCAGUGGAGGUGGCUCCAAGGCAUGGAGAGGUGAUAUCAAGUGGUGGGAUCCAAAAGAAUUGAAACUGUACUAUGACGGCCAAGGUUUUAUGUCGGUACAAAUGACUAAAACCCGUGCUGACAUACAAUUCUAUGAUGUCUUUGGCAAUGUUUUGCACAAAUGGAGCAAAACCAAAGAGCUCAACUCAGUCGGGCAUAGGAAAGCUCUGAUGUAUGAAGGAAGAGUUGUAUAA